GCCUCCCUCAAUGGCAAGCCUGCCCUAGCUUCAUUCGUGAUUCGAGAUGCAGUCUGCUUGAUCGAGUCACGCUCCAGUCACGUUAGCUUGACAACAACUGGCCUAUAUGAUAACGCUCCAGAUCCAGCUGCCAGUAGUAGUAGCAGCAGCAGCUUGCAACGCGGCUUUCAUGGCGACCUAUCAAACCAGAAGACACGUCGUUCCACAUUAGGUCAGUCGAAUUAUGUUGUCCAUCUGAUACUGGCUGAUAAAGUGGAAAUUUUAUUGGCUUUGACCUGCACAAAGACAGCUACGCGUGCGCCUGGAACUACUAUCAGCGACUGGUAUAAUCACAUCGUCAGAAAUUCAAAUAUACUAGAAGAUAUAUUUUUGUGA